AUGCUAAUGCCGGUCAAAAUUUGGUUCCAGAAUCACCGCUACAAGAUGAAGAGAGCAGCUAAGGAGAAGGCCAUGUCAGAACAGACUACCUCUUCUAACCAGAGCGCGUCCCCCAGGAGGAUCUCGGUGCCGGUGCUGGUGAAGGAGGAGAACGCCACGAAGGGCUCGUCCUCGACCUCCUCCUCGGCAGCGGGCGGCGGCGAGGGCAAGCUGGGUCACCACCGCGACACCUCCUCCUCGACGUCGUCCUCCAGCCUGGCGGCCUCCAACACCUCGAGCCUCCUGCCGAGCCACCUCACGUGCGACCCGGCCUCCGCCCUCGACCCCUUCCGCAGCCAGGGCUCCGCCACGCCCGUCAGCGCCUCCGCUUUCCCCUCCAUGACGCCGCUCCAUCACAACGCCAACAACGCCUACCUCCACCACCAGCGCGCGUGGUAA